GGGUUCCAUAUUGGGUUUGAAGAACAGACUGAAAGUUUCGUGGUUUCACUUAAUAAAUGAUUAGUCCAACAGACCUCAUCUUAUUAUGAUACUGUCAUUCAUGACAGUGGCAGAUUGUAUGGGCAUGUUCUUGGAUGAACCAGUAAGCAUGUCCUCAGAGUUGGGUGUGGAGAGACCGACGACCUUGGCACUGCCAGAGUCUCGUAUGGAGAGGCGAGUCCACUUCAGUGAUGUUGCAGGAGCACAGAUUCUGAGCGAUGAACCAACAGAAGAGAAUACCACUCCAAGUCCAAAGAAAAUACGUACAGACCCGGAGUUCCGAUACAAGCGUAAAAGAUCAUACAGCUACUCUGGUCCAGGGGAAUUUCGUAACAAAAGACGUAAAAACAAUAUUGUACUUCCCUCAAAAUUUCUCCUUGGUGGAACUAUAUCAGAUCCACUCAAUCUUGGUUCCCUAGACAAGGAAGGGAUAGCUAAACUUGCUGAAGAUGAGGCAGCAGGGGGAACUGUAUCCAAACGAUCGGAUGCAGUUCGUGUUAUCAUACCACCGAACAUCAAUGACCCGUUAAAUUUAGAUGCUUCGUCAGAUAAUGAAGAUGUUCUCACAGAUGCCCUGCAGAAGCAACUACGACGUAACAGGAGGAGGAGGAAACGGAAACGGAGACUGUCAGAGCCAGGGAGUGCCACUGCUGAUGGAGACGGCAUUGAUAAUGAUGGAGGACCAGCUGAAGAAGAGGAUUUGCAAGAGAGCAUCCUGCCAGCCCCAAUCCUACCAAAAGCUCCCCUUGAGGAAGCAAUGAAGCCACUGACAGUGAACACAGAGUUCACAACGCCACAGAGCUCAACAGAAGCACGAAAGGAAUGCACAGGACCAGUUACACCGACUGGACUAAAGCCAUCAACAAGUGGUAUCCCGAGACUACCAUUCAAAAAGCAGCGAACUAAGUCAGACAACAAGAUUGUCAGUCCAGUGAUUCCCCAGCCUGGAGUGGAGCGCAAGAGACAUCCAAGCCAUUCCAGACAGUAUACUGAUAAGCCUCACCUCAGCCAACAAAAUUUGGUCCCUCCCCAAAAAUACAAUCCUAAGAAUGAACAUUUUCAGUAUGGGAACUAUAACAAAUAUUAUGGCUAUAGGAACCCUGACCAGACUCCUGAUGUGAGACUAGACUAUUUGAAACGUGAUUGGUUUGAGGGCAAGGAAGUGCUUGAUAUAGGUUGUAACAUUGGACAUAUAACUUUAACUCUUGCAAGGGAUUUUAACCCAAAGCGAGUUGUUGGAAUUGAUAUUGAUAAAAAAUUGGUCAAUAUUGCGGAAAAAAACAUCAAACAUUAUUUUCGCAAGAGUGAUGCAGAGGAAGCCAACUUCCCCAAGUCAAUGAAAUUGUUAUAUGGUCCGUUAAAACCUCCUGUAAGAGCUGAUGGCAGCCGCAGCUUCCCAUACAAUGUUAAGUUUGUUCAUGCAAAUUAUGUCCUGGAGUCGGAUGAAUUGCUGGAAACUGUUCGGCCAGAGUUUGACCUAAUACUGUGUCUUAGUGUCACCAAAUGGAUCCAUCUCAACUGGGGAGAUUCGGGACUCAAGAGGUUUUUUCGACGCAUAUUUCACAACUUAAAGCCAGGUGGAAGACUGGUACUAGAGCCACAGGGCUGGCCAUCAUACAGCAAGCGCAGAAAACUCACAAAAAGAAUUUUUGAAAACUACAAGAACAUCAGGUUAUUCCCUGAAAAAUUUAAUGACUACUUACUACAUGAGGUGGGAUUUAGCACAAGUGAGAAGAUGGUGACUCCUCAUCAUGCAUCCCGUGGCUUCCAAAGACCCAUCAUUGUUUACACAAAGGCUGGCAUUAGCACAAAGGUCAGCUCAUCGGGGGAAGGUAUGUCAAGAGAUGGCUCUGCUAAGAGGGGGAGGAUGAAUGCAGGACGUGACUGUGAAGACAAGAAGAAAGAGAUCGCUGAGAAAAUCAUUGACGUGGAAGCAUCAGCGAAAAAAGCUCUGAAAAGGACUAUGGACGAUUCUUCCACAGAAGCGCAAGGUAGUGGUUUGGAAAAGAAAUGCAGAAUAAAGUGCAAAAAUGAGGAACAGAGGAAUGCAGAUGUACAGACUCCAAGUAAUGAUACAAAACUUUCUUCCCACCAAAUAACAGGACAGAAUGAAUGUGCAGAAAAUAUUGAAAACUUGAAAAAAUCUAAUAGUACCUUGGUACAUACCAGUCAGGAGGCUGGUGGUCUGGUUUCAGUGACAGAAAAACCGGAUGUUUCUGUAUUGAAGGCUUGUGAUGCUAGUGUCUGUGAUACAGUCAUUACUGGUAGUACUGGUGAUAGUUCUCUGGUGAAUGAAGUAGGUUCCCAAGUAACACAUUCCCCAAGUAAUGCACAAAGUGAGAGUAAAUUUGAUAAUCUGCCUUAUACUACAAUAACUAAUAUUGACAAAACUGAGAAAUGCAGUGCCACUUCAAAACAUGUUAUUCAGGCUGUUACCCCUCCUGGUAUUUCAGUUUCUCAAGUUGAUGUUUCAGGUAUAUCUUUGGCAAAAAAAGAUGAAAGUUGCACUGUUUAUAAUGUUAGAACUCUUCCAAGGGAAGAUUUUACUGUGAUAGACAACUGUAUAUCCAGAAAAACUGAGGGCAUUGAUACUGGACUUGUUGGUGUGAAAAACAAUAGACAUAGCCUUGAAAACAAGGCUUCUGUGUGUAAUGACAUUAAAUCAUUAGAUAGGGAAAUCCCCAGAGACAUGGUGAAAAGUGAAGUAUCUGCUGGUUUAUCAAGCUGUAAAUCUCCAAGGAAUGAAAACCUUGACUGCACAGUUGAUACUUCUCCACUCAAGCGAAAGAAUGCGGAAACAGGGGGAAAAGAUAGUAGCAUUUGUGAAGAAAGAAACAAUAAACAGCCGAGACUUGAAAAUCAGUGAGCAACUUCCAAACUUGUUCAUGUAAGGAGCAGAGUACUGAAUUUUGCAGGAAACACAAAAGACACAGGUAUUGGUUUCCAGACAAAGUUGAUCAUCCAGUUAAUUUUUCAUAUUGGUAGGAAAAAAGUCAUAUGCCACAUAAAGUUUGGUACAGCAUUUCUUUGCAUACAAUGGAAGGAGAGGAAGUAAUGCAUUCAGUGUUUGAUGGAAUUCAUAGAAAGUGGGAAUGCAUGGCUGUGAAUCCAGGACUGACUGCUUGGUGGCCUUGUAUACGCUUUAACAUCUUCAAAGUUAAUGUUUAAUGAUUGCUUGAAGUGCCAGAUGUCAACUAAUUGCUUUUGGACAGCCAACAGUGCUUCAACAUCUAGCUUACAUUUUAAUUUUAGUUCACCAAAUUCUAACGGUGAACCUUGUUUUAAUGAUCAGGCAAAUGCUUGCAUUCUUGUAUUGUAUGUAGUUGGAUUGUAUGUAUGAAAGACAGUUUUUUAUUUCAUAUAUUUAUUUUUUAGUUUUUCAUGUUUUUAAGGUUUGUUAUUGUUAAAGUUCAAAUGUUGAAAAUGUAAAUCUGAUAAAACCAGCCUGUGUCUCUUUGUAACACUAGUCGGCAAGAAUGUUAAAUUCUGCUUUUCCUUCUGUAUUUUAUUCACUGUCACAAGAACAAGCUUACAAGGCCAUUUCUGGGAAAAUUAUGUCAUGUUCACAUAAUGUGAAAACAUGAUGUACAAUUCAUUAUUGGAUUUUAUUAUCCUUCAUUUUUUCUGUAGUUGUCUUCUACCUUCUUGAUUUCAGUGGACCGUCUUUUAUUCAGUUAGUAGGGAGAAGCGAUUUCCAACUUUUACCCUUGUGAUCAUGCCUGACGAGGAUCUGACAGUUCAGUUUAUACAGAAUGGUCCAUUAGUAUUCUAGCUCAGGUGGACAAGGAGAAGAAAGUCUUAGUUUUUAUUUAGAAUAUAAUUUUGACAGGUAAAUAUGGGACUGGUCUCGUUUUCUUCAGAAAGACAGUGAUUGGAACGUAUUUCCUUCAGUUUCGAUCAUGUGUUCACGUUAUAACUCAUAAAAAUAAUGCAGUCUUGUAAAUGCAAAACUUUUUUCUUGUAUAAAGAAAAUACACAAAAAAAAGGUGGAACGAACGUGACCUGUCCACAGUCUUUCUGAAAGGAAUACACGUCCCAUCUCCAAAAAUUACAACCUGAGUACGGUUUGUGAGAAAAAGUCUCGUAUAUUCCAUUUUCCACUUCCUAUCUGCAAUGGAAAUUAUAUGCUCAUAUUUUCCAUUUUCCACUUCCUAUCUGCAAUGCUUUCCUUUUACCAUUUUCAAUGAAUAUAUAUGUACAACAAUUUGGUGGACUAAUAUGUAUAUUGUAUUUUCAUUGGUAUACUACAUUUGUAAAAUCCCGCUUUUUUCAUUUUUGUAGCAAAAGGUAUUUGAUAUUUGUUCGGACCCAUUAGUUUUCGGUUGAGACCAGUGUCUUCUUUGCUCGCACCAAAUUUUUGAAAUAUGAAGAUGGAUCUGAUCUCACUUUGAAAGACUGGUCGGGCAGUAAUUAGACACAUUUUCGAUCAUGUAUUUAUGUUAUAACUCGGGCAAAAUUCGUUAUAAAGUGCUAUACUUCAAACUUUUAUUUAUAGAUAUUGAGAAUAGUGGAACACGCCUGAGGAAGGCCAGUAAGGUUUUUCUGUUACAUUUUAGUGGAGUAAGCUCUCGUUUAGGUACCCGCAAAACUGCAAUGUGAGUAGGCUUCAACAGGUUUUAAGCCAACAAAUUUUAUAGCGAUUUUACCGUAUGCAUACUUAAACAUAAGAAUAUAUCAGUAUAUGCAAUAUAUGCUAUUCUUUUAAAAAAUAAUUUCUGUAAAUCUCUGAACAAAGACCAUGCCCACACUCCUUUGAUGGGAAAAAAUGUUCUUUAAGAAGCAACUUUCAAAAGUACCACACGCUUUCGAGCAGUAGGACUUCUAUAUUCGAAUAACAGGACUUGUAUAGUAAUUUCAUUUUCUGUGUCAUAUUUUCAAAAAAAAAAACACCUUUCAUAAAAUGUUUCCGUGUC